AUUCAAAAGUCUUGCUGAAAAGUACUGUUAUUUUAAAUACACGCAACUAGCAGCUCUGCUCAGAAUUCGCAUCGUUAUCGACUGCUUUGGUCUCUGCCGUAAGUGGUUUUACUUGCCUGUGCCUCGUUUUAUUAUUCAUCAGCAAACUUUGCAAAGUUCCAAAGCAUGGCCACUGUAAACUUGGCUCAGGUGGUGCUACGGAAUGCCCUCCGAACCAAGGUCGGCGUUCGUCAAACGCAUGAUCUCAUUAUGCAAAGAAUCGGCAAACGAGAAGUCGUCGGCUACGGUUGGAAUGGCUUGCCGGUAUACGCUGAUCGUGUAGAUUUCCCAAUGCCUCCAAUUCGUUUCAAGGAACCUACCCCUGACAUUUUGGCCCUUCGCGAAAAGGAGAAGGGUGACUGGAAGAAGCUCUCGAUCCAGGAGAAGAAAGCUCUGUAUCGGGCAUCAUUUUGUCAAACUUUUGCCGAAAUUAAGUACCCGACCGGAGAGUGGAAGAUUUGCGUCGGUUUCGGACUGAUUGCCAUUUCCUUGAGUAUGAUUUGUAUGAUGCUUAUGAAGGCCUUCGUGUACGAAGAUAUUCCUAUCACCUUCGACGAUGAGCAUCAAAAAGCGCAACUCAAGCGUAUGUUGGACCUCGGUGUUGGAAAUAUUGAUGGUCUCUCGUCCAAAUGGGACUACGAGAACAACAAGUGGAAGUAAACGCUUGCUGACAGUGGCUGAGUAUUAGUUGGUAAUUGUGUACUAUAAUUGUCUAGCAAAAGGGCAACUCAAGAGCAGAUCCCACCGGGACCUGCUUGUCACAUGGGCUAUAAAAUGCUGAAAUAAAAUUAAAUGGGUCACAA